ACACGCUGUGUUUUCCUAUAUUGCGCAGUUUAAAAUCAAGUAAUUAUUAAACAUCAAGAUGGCAAUGAAUUACGGACUUAUGACAGGAGUAUCGGAGGACGAUAUUAGUGAUGCAUCGAGAAAGAUUGCCGGAAGUACUGAAACGGUAUUAUAUGAGCGUGUUAGGCAACGUGAACCAGCACCGAACCAACGGCAGACACCAAUAGCUGAGUCGGAGAGCUAUGAGGGCGCUAGUCUGCUUGGAUCAGCAUUGAAUCAGUGGCAAAGACCAAUUACCGAUUAUGGCUGUGAUCCACAGUGGGUUGUAAAACUGAAAGCGUCGCCAUAUAUUGGUGAUAUAGAUUUCGGAAGAAAAGAAUGGGCACGUUCUCGUGAUGCCGUCGAUGCUGUCAUGGAAUUACUGCUGGAUGAUUUGCGAGUUAAAGCUUCAACCGACUACGAACAUCUACGUAUUGAUUCCUACAUUCGCCAAGGCAGUUCAAGAGAUGGUCUGAAAGUAAUCAAACCUGAUGAAUAUGAUACUGUUCUUGAGUUUCACAUCGAGGGAUUACACCUUUCAGAGCAACAUAUUUACAAAAAUAAAAAAUAUGUCCCUGGUUUUUGUUACCUUAAGGUAGACGCAAGCUGUCAAGAUUUACAGCAUCGAUUUCCAAAGCUAUGGCGUGAGAAGGUAUUUGAAGAAAGAGAUGGCACGUUCUAUUUAAGUUCCCGUAUGCUUCAUCAAGGUGUAUUUGAGUCACUGAUUGACAAAUCUUGCCGCGCUAUUGAAGAAAAAAUAGAAGCAAUGCAACGCUCCAGAAAAGUGAAUUUUCACAUUACCAGAAAAAUGAAUCCUCCCGCUGUGAACAUAACGAUACAUCUUGACGACGACGCAAACGAUUUGUUUAUGAAUCAAGGCCAAAUCAGAAACCGUUCUGACAUCGUUCGGGAAAUUGAUUUGGACAUUGUUCCUGCCAUACGUUUAAGGGUAGACAGUCAUACCACAUAUAAUGGCCGUCCUGUUAACGCUGUGAUACAUGCUGUCUGCAAGUGGAAAGAGGAAGAUGCUACAAGAUCUUUAGAGAUUGCAGACCAAGUUUUGGUUUGGCAUAUCAAUUCCGCUGGCUAUGAAAGAUACACCUUGGAUGUUGCUAGAACCGACCAUAAACAAAUCUUCAUACUCACUGCUCUACGAAUACUGAAGACCUACUUUACAAAAACAAAGUCGAUAGCGAAAAGUGAAAACAGACCACCGCCGCCUAUUGUCACGGUGCUGAAAUCCUACCAUCUGAAGCAGAUAGCAUUAUAUAUGAUCAUGUAUACAUGCCAUCUUUAUCCGAGUAUAAGAAUUGAUGGUGUCAAACGAGCUUUAGUUUUAUUCGUAAAUCUUUUGCAUACGAGUUUGGAGAAGAGGCAUUUACCGCAUUUCUUUUACUCCAAUUCUCAGAUUGGCCGCAUGUUCCACAAUUAUCCUUCAAACAGGGAUGCUCUUCGUUUUGAUCUGUACCGGAAAAUUCCGAAUGAAUCCCUUCGUCAAGCUGAGCUCUCGUAUGAAAACCAUCUUCUCAAAGAUAUUGGGUUUGGGACAGGAGGCGAAGACCAUGAGGCGGGUACAAUAAGGUCGGAAUUUUCCAAUGAAAUUGGUAAAGGCAUCUAUUUUUGAAAGAACAAUUAGCUGCAGGCAUGUUGUUUCGAUUUCAAUCAUUAGACGAGAAAUUGAAAAUGAUUGACUAAUUGCCAAAUAUAUCUUGUUUAAACUAUGAAUCAAAUCUUUCAUGUACAUUGUAUUGUGUUUGAGACAGAAAUAAAUUCAAUACAUUAACCAACAAAUGAA